CCCUCAAGCAUCCCCACACGACACAGGGCUCACAGGCGACAGCAGUAUUGUAUAUGUGAGUGUGUCUGUGUGACAGACAACAUGACCAUCAGAAACGCUAUCCGGGAUCAUGGACAGAGGUACCGGCCACGGAUGGUUUGCCUCAAAAAGGCGGAGAAGGUGCUGCUGGAGAUGCAGGACCCCAGAACAGGAGUCAAGUCGCAGCCUCAGAGACUGGUUAUCACCACAAUACCGCACGCCAUCACCGGUGAAGACAUAAUUGCGUGGCUCGCCGACAGAUUCCAAGUAGACCCACAAGAGGCGAGGAGUUUUGGCUCGAUGCUGGUGGCGCUGGGAUACAUCUACCCGCUACAAGACCACAAACGCUUAGUGAUCAAACCUGAUGCGUCCCUGUAUCGCUUCCAGACGCCGUAUUUCUGGCCCACACAGCAGUGGCCUGUGGAGGACACAGAUUACGCGAUCUACUUGGCGAAAAGAAACAUACGCAAGAAAGGAAUCCUGGAGCUGCACGAGCAGGAGCAGUACAACCGUCUUCACAAGUGGAUGAAUCAUAAAUGGGAUUUCAUCGUGAUGCAAGCUAAAGAACAGUACAGAGCCGCCAAGGAGAGGAAGAAGCCGGACCGCGUUGUGUUCGAGUGCCAGGAGAGAGCCUACUGGGUGGUUCACAGACCUCCGCCGGGGACGGUGAGCGGCAUGGACUACGGGCUGGAGCGACGGAUAGAUCCCAACGCAGACGAGACAAAAACGCCCGACUUCUACGAGAGAAUCAUGAUCUUCACGCAGCAGUCCAUCAUGAGGCCCAGAGUGAAGUCGUCCGUGUCCAUCGGAGCACUGGUGAAAUACUGCACCACCUACAACAGCCACGACCCUUUCCUCUCCAAGUGUCUUCCCAGCAACCCCUGGCUCACCGACGACGUCACGUUGUGGUCCCUGAACAGGCUCUAUGUGGACGUCCCGACUAAGAUGCGAGUGGAGAGGUGGACGUUCAGCUUCGGAGAGCUGCUCUCAGACCCCAUAGGACGAGAUGGUUUUAGGCUCUUCCUGAAGAAAGAAUUCAGCAGUGAGAACUUGGCAUUCUGGGAAAGUUGUGAGGACCUGAAGUGGGGCGCUGCUGCCACGAUGAAAGAGAAAGCUCAGCAGAUCUACAAGACCUUCCUGGCUCGCGGUGCUCCGCGGUGGAUCAACAUCGAUGGAAAGACGAUGGAGAUCACAGUGAGCGGCCUGAGACACCCGCACAGAUACGUGCUGGACGCAGCCCAGACUCACAUCUACAUGCUCAUGAAGAAGGACAAGUACGGCCGCUACAUCAAGUCUCCAGUGUUCAAGGACACGAUGAAGAAGGCCAUCGCUCCAGAGGAGCACAAGUUCACUGACGCCCAGUUGGAGCAGAACGCGAGGAACCGACGGCCCAGUCUCAGCCCCAUCAUCCUCCGGCAGCAGGAGGAGGAGCAGAGAGCCAAGAUGGCCGCCAGCGCCCCCGUCGACAUCACGCAGCUGUGCCGCUUCACCACUCCAGUCCCUCACCUGGCCGUCUACUCUGGCAUCACCGACUCCCCCUCCGCCACAGCCUCGCCCUCUCUCCCCUUCCUGGCCCACACCCCGGCCUGCCCGUCCCCCAUCAGCGUGGCCUUAGACAGCAACUCGGCCUCCGAGCGGCGAGGGGAAGCCAGCGAGGGGGGAGCCGAGGGGAACCACGAGGCCCGAGGCCCCGCCAGAGGGAGCGUGUCCAAGUCUCGCGUGGCUCUUUCCCUGCGUCGCCUGCUGAAGCGCGGCUGCACCCCGUCCACCAUGUUCGCCAGCCUGUCGCCCAAAUGUCACUCAGCUGCCGGGACAAGUAGCCGAAUUCAGCCAAUCAGCCCGGACGAACCCAGUCAGGCUCCGCCCAGAAGGAUUGGCAAUUUUUUCCAGAUUAAAGUGGAUAUCCCCCCAGAGUGCCGCAUCUAUCCCAUAGAGUCCGAGGACGAGGACGAGGAGAGCAGGGCUGCCUCUCGGGGAGGAGUAGGAGCCAAAGAGAUCAUCUGUCCCUGGGAGAGCCUCACGCCACACAACGGGACGGGCUAA